CCCCGGCGCGCUGUGUUCAGGUGUGUGUGUGUGUGUGGUAGAGGUGGGUCAGUAAGAUGUUUAAGAAAACGAACCGGAGGAAUUUCAGAGCGCGGAGAGCGGAGUCCAGCGAGGAGGAGGAGGCGGAGAAAAGCCCCGCCGCCGCCGCGGAGAGAGAAGCGGAGCCCCCGGCCCCGAGCUCCACACUGAUUAACGCGCCCCGCAGAGGGAUUUCCUGCAGCUCCAAACCGAGCGCGACCCCUCCCCGCACUGCCCGCUCCGAGAGCCCCGACUGCGUGGAGCCUGAGGACCCCCAGCCGCCCGCCGGUAAACCCCAGACCCCCGGACAAACUCCCGGUCAGACCCUCAGCUUCAGCGGGGAGAGAGACGGUGCAGAUGAAUCUGAAUUCAAAUUGAAAAGGUCCAUCAACAAAGAUGUGAUUUUCCAAGCUCGCAAAAAGGAACAGUCGCCUGUUAAGUUGACCAAAACACAAGCAGGUGUGAAAGAUGUGGAUGUUAGUGAGCGCUCUGAUAGCACAGCGGGGAGUUCUGCGGAGGACAUCCCUCCAGACAGCGAGAGCGACAGUGAAGUUCAGUCUACAUCUUCCAGAACUUCCAGCUCUUCUUCAAAACCACAGAAAGUUAACAUCCCUGACUCUAAGAAGAUCCGUGCAGUUAAGGAGCAGAGGAGGAGAGCUCGAGCCCAGCAGGACUACAUCCCUCUAGAUGAGGAUCGGGAAAGCACUCCCAAUAGAUCAAUAGACGGAGAGGGGGACCCGAGCGAUGAGCAUCGAGACAGUGAUGAUGAGCCAGAUGAUUAUGAACGCAGAAUCGAAUUUGCACCCAAAUCCAAAACCGUCAGGGAGAGAAUGGCUGAGAAAAUGGGUGGGAGUUCGAGUGAAGAGAGUGAGUCUGAUAGCCAGAAGGAGGAAGACCAGCACCUCUGGGAGGAGCAGCAGAUAAGAAAAGGAGUCAAAAGACACCAGAAGCAAAGCAGAGCCCGGCCUCUCAGACAGAAGAAAACGGUUAACAUCCCUGAGACACUUCCCCCGGUCAGCAUCGAUAUCAUCAAAAGGAGAAUCACUGGAAAGCUGGAGUCUCUGAAGGAGGUUCACAGAGCUCGGGAGGCGGAGCUCCGGAGGAUGCAGCUGGACAUGGAGAGCGCUAGAAGCUCUCUGGAGAACCUGGAGAACUACCCUGCUGAUGAACAGCUCCGAUUCUACCGCACCAUGAACAUCUUCUCACAGAAUAUGUUGGAGUGCCUUUCUGAAAAGAUGGCAUUAAUAAACUCAGUGGAGCUGGAUAUGCACAGUCUUUAUAUUGAUCAGGCGGAGUCUCUCUUGUCUCAGAGAAGACAGGAAGUGCAGCAGGAAUCCACACGCCUCCAGCAGUUAACCUACAGCACUAAUGCACAGAGUAAUGGGGAGACGCUGGUGAAGACUGACCCACCAAAAGAAAGUGCACACAUGGAGGAUGAUUGUGAGAUUUUUCCAGCUGAUUUGGAAGCAACAGCAGAGCAGGAGGCUGAGCUGCAGAGCAAAAGAGCUGACAUAUUGAAGAGAUCUCAGGAGAUAUUUUCUGAUGUUCAGGAGGAUUUCUGGGAUGUGAGGAAAAUCUUGUCCAGGUUUAAUGAGUGGCGGGUCUCCUUCCCAGAGUCCUACAACAAUGCCUACAUUGGUCUGUGCCUCCCUAAACUCUUAGCUCCACUAAUACGACAUCAGCUCAUUGGCUGGAACCCACUCAAGGCUGAAGGUGAAGAUUUUGAGGCGCUGCCAUGGUAUUCUGCUGUUGAAAACUUCUGCCAUGGGCAGGGUUAUGAAGAAUCUGAAAAUGCUGACAAGAAAACACUUCCUGCUAUCAUAGAGAAGUCCAUCCUGUCCAAAAUGCAAGGUUUUGUGGAGCUGGUCUGGGAUCCUUUGUCUCUGCAGGAAUCUCAGUGUCUGGCGUCGCUUUGCAGGAGAAUACAGGAGGAUUACUCUGUGUUUGAUGGGGAACAAAGCAAACCUGUGAAGGCCUUUAUGGAAGCUGUUAUCCAGAAACUGAAAGGUGCAGUGGAUAACGAUGUCUUCAUCCCAUUAUAUCCAAAAAGCUUUUUGGAUGAUAAGACUUCCCCACAGUUCCAGUUUCAAAACCGGCAGUUUUGGUGUGCUGUUAAGCUACUUGGAAACAUGGCCUUAUGGGAUGGUUUGGUUGCAGAAAGUGUUCUUAAGGAGCUGAUGCUGGAUAAACUUGUUAAUCGUUACUUGAUGAUGACCCUCCUCAACGAGUCCAGCCCAAAACAUGUGAUCCAGAAAUGCAAGAAGAUCACCAGUUGUUUUCCAAACUCAUGGUUUGUGGAUCUGAGCUCCGGAUCAUCUAUACCUCAACUUCAGAACUUCAGCAAACACCUGGUUCAGACGACACAUUUAAUAUGUAGAGAUAACAAGGACACAGUCAGCUGCAGGACGGUUCUCUCUGAUGUGAUGAACAUUCUUGAGACCAUCAGGGCAUCUGAGAAUAUGAAGACUAUUGCACGAACCUACAACUGUCAGGAUUUACUGGAAUCACUUCAUAAGUCAUAGUUUUAUAAUGCUGUAAUAAAUAUAUUUUUGUAACUUUGAAAGAAA